AUGAGACAGCAAGAAAAUCGAGAUGAGUGGAUACGUCAAAAAUUGAUGGAAUCAGAUAGCGAAAAUGAGUUUCUGUUAGAGUUCUUGUUAGAAAGCAGUGAAAAUGAAGAUCAUUUGAGUGUACGCAGUUGCGGUAGUGAUACUGAGCAAAACAUAAGCAGUGAAUAUGACAGCGAAGAUGACGUUCCGAUAUCGAGCUUGCGAAGGCCAGAAUCAAAUUCUGCUUGA